CAGACCCCAACACACGGCAUGUUCUACACACCGUGUUGUACAUUGUUGACAUUAAGGAAAUCAAAAGAUAACCAACCUGCACCCCCAAGCAUCGUCGUCCGCCACAUCGGCAGAGAAUAACUAAAGCCACAGUUUCCAGCUAAAAGUAGGUCAAGCGGACGAUCCAAGAUGGCGGAGAUCCUACAAGCCAUGCGGACCUUCGCCAUGCUGAAGGACUCCGACACGAACAUCGAGGAGGGUCAACAGAAGGAGUUUCUGAGGGGCACGUUCAGCAUCAUGGAGUUUGAUGAGACGGGCAAGGAGCAGUUGGAUGAGCUCAAGGCCAAAUUCAUGAGGUUUAAAAAAGAGCUGGGUGGCCUUGACAUUGAGGAGUUCAAGGACGCCCUGAAGCCGCUCAUCUCCAAAGGCAUCAGCAUGAACCAGAUCCUGAUCACCUUCCGCAAGAUGGACCCCUGUGACGAGGAGGCGGUCACGUGGAACGAUUUUCAUGAACUUCGCCAUAGAG